AUUGUUUUACGGGAAUUGCAAUGAUCAAAUGUGGCUGGUUUUUUUAAACUUUCGCACGUGUAAAUCAUCUUCGAAAAUCCAACCUCUUUCGAACAACUUCUCCCCUCUGUUUAUACCCGUGUGGUUGAGAUCAGUGUUACACAUAUUUUCGUCGCCAUUUUUGUCGCGACGGUGCUCGUGCUGUUGUGAAAAUUGUGCAGGAAAUUUUCCUACCACCCGUCGCAUUUUAUCCGGUGGCAAUCGUCUAAAAUUUGGCUUUAAUACCUCCAAAUUCAUUAUCCCAGCAGUUUGUCUAUAUUACGCCUUGCAUUUACCCGCAAAAGUGCCCUUGGCUGUUCGUACAUCAGCGUACCACCACUCACCAUUAUCAUCAUCACUGCGUAUAUUCGUGAUCGUAGAAAGGAAGAUUAUAAAAAGAGUCAAAAGACCGCAGUGGUCGAAAAUAAUCGACAGCGAACAACAGUACUUCCGUGCCUCGAAAGCGCUUCAGUUGAGAGCAGAUUGCUCGUUCGCUGCAUUUAGCAGUGUUUGGAUUUCCGUGUUUUUCCUACCCAGAAGAAGAAGAAAUAUUUCUUCCGAAUUCUUUUUUUGAGAGGUGACCAAUAUGGCAAACUAAAAGAAAAAAACAAUGAUGCCGCAACGUAAGGAACAAGUUUUACUCUCCGCCGUCGCCGCCGUCGCUAGCGCAAGCAGCCACCGCAGCAGCAGCCGUUGUGCUGCCUGCCCCACCGCCGAAGCCGUUCAACGGGAAGAAGCCUUUUUGAGCGUGUCUCAAACAUUUGAAUUGUUCUAUUUGCAAGCUGUAACAUCAGCCACCAUCAUCCAUGGAGAAGAAUCGUUUUACCAAUCAGAAUCUGUCCAAGGGACAGGUUUCUGAGACGAAGAAAAAUCAAGAUGUUUCUGUUAAGUGGCCUCGACAGUCCAAACGUCGUGGUGAACAAUCGGAUAGCAGCAACAACCACCGGCACGGUGCCAGUACCGGCAAAGUACCGAACUCAAACAAGAACCGUAAUCAAAGCAACUACAACUACGAUGCUCGGCAACGGUCGCAACGACCUGUCCGGGCAACGGAUCAAUUUACUACCGGUGAAGGCGAUGCCGGUAGUUCCCUGGACGAAGGGCAACCGACCGCUAGCGGAACCGCCGGACUAGCGCCACCAACAAGACCGAACGCGACGCCUAACAGCGUACGUGGUGAAUUACAUUCGGUGUUUACACCCGGCUCGAAGAAACAGAGCCUGAACCAUUUGCUGAACUAUCAUUACGCACCGCGUGAACGCGACCAGCCGGUUCGGUUCACGCGCACGGGCAACAUUCGUAAGCUGGCACACCAGUCACAUGGUAGCUACAACAAGGAGCAGUUCCUGCAAGCGAACUGUCAGUUUGUAGUACGCGCCAAUGAAGACUAUGAAGGUUUGCUGUCCACACCCGAUCAGCUGGUAGAAUGGAGCAAGGUGGAACAAAUCCACGUGCUCAGUUCGGAGGAACCGCAAUGUCCGAUCUGUCUGUAUCCUCCGGUGGCUGCAAAAAUGACGAAAUGCGGUCACGUGUACUGUUGGCCGUGCAUUUUGCACUAUCUGGCGCUGUCGGAUAAAACAUGGCGCAAGUGUCCUAUCUGUUACGAGGCGAUCCAUCUGCCUGAUCUACGUUCGGCCGUUUCGAAACCGUUUCACGCGUUCGGUACGGGUGAGUACGUAACGCUGCAACUAAUGCGUCGCGAAAAGGGUACCAUGAAGGUGGUCGAAGUGUCCGACGAGCUACCGAUGGCAAUGACCAGCCAUCCGGUGGUUGGUACUUCGAUCCCGCACUUUGAUGCGACCGCUGGGAACAGCAUCCUUACCAAGCUGCUACUAACCGACACCGUGCAAAUGUUGCGAAUAAUGGAGCGCGAGCAAAUAGAACUGGAAAACCAGCUCGUGUCCGAUGGUGCCGAAGCACCGGAGAACAUUUUCGUGCAACAGGCGCUAGACAUUCUUGCCGAACGGCGUACCAAUUUGAAGGCAUCCAAAGCGAUCCUGUUUCCCGUGCCAGCGGAGAAGAUCGUACGUGGAAUGUCGAUCUCUUCAAGUGCGUCGGACGAUGUCACUGAACUGCAUGAGGAUAGGGACGCUGCCGACGGCGCUGCUCAUGCAAUGCCAACCGGAAGCGAAGGAUCGUCGGAUUUUAUGAUCGAUGAGGAGAGUAAUUUCACUGUCGGUGACAUUGACAUCGUCCCGACGGCACAAUGUGCUGGUGAACAUUACUAUUUCUAUCAGUCGCUAGAUGGACAGCCACUGUUUCUGCACUCCAUCAACAGCCGCAUGCUGCAAGCGAUGUACGGCAGUCUGGAUCGCAGUCCACACCGUAUAACUGGUCGCGUUGUGCAGAAGGAUUCCUGCUCGAUGGAUGAGAAUUUGCGUCGCCGGCUGAAGUAUCUGGAGCAUCUGCCCGUUUGCACGCAAUUCGAUGUGGUCGAACUGGAUUUCGGACCGGCGGGCGAUGGACUCGUGUCGGAGGAAAUAUUGAGCCUGUUCCAAGACGAGCUGAUUAUGCGCCAUCGUACACGGCAGAAGCGUGCCAGAGCGGAACAGAAACGCGAGAAGCAAAUCUUCGAGUUUAACGAGCGUCAGCUUGGUAAAGCGAUGGCACGUUCGGCUCGUAUUUCUAUCGAAUCCACUAAACACUUUCCUUCGUGCGGACUACCCGACUCUUACUCUGAAGAAUCAACACUCUUUGGAACCAGCCCGGUUGCAAGCGAUAUUUCAAGCUCCCCUGGAUCCAGCGGUUCCGUGAUGUCUUCUUGGUCGAAGAUGGUUUCUGCCCAACCUUCCUCCAAUCAGCGUUGGCCAAGCUUAGGAGGUGGAACUUCGUCGGCAAUUUCCAGCUCGAUGCCGGCACCGAAGCUAGUUCAAGUGACCGGUAGCCGUAUGGUAGCAGCGAGCAGUACCUCACGUACUGGUUGGCGCCAACCGACGUCCGAGGUCGAUGAGGACGAAACGGACGAAGAGUUUAUGGCUGCACGUGCACCACAGUUUAACAACAAUCUUGGACAAGCUAUUGAGGCGGCAUUGGAGCGAAAAAUUUCUCACCCAAACCAAUGCACUUCUGGUACCGGUGCGGGAGUUGCUUCGAGCGCUGGCAAGCGUAAGAAAAACAAGAAAACGCUACUCUUUGCGUCUGGUAUGAAUGUGAACUAAUUCACCUGGUUGGGUUUUAAUAUUCAGGUAAAUGUUUCAACAGGAAACUUGUUUAUUCAAUGUGUGUAUAGUUACUUCUCUGUUAAGUUUUUCAAUGUUUCCCUUUUCGUGCCGAUACAUUAUCUUACGUCUGCGUGUAACUUGUUUUGUCUAUUGAUUUUGCUUUUGCAUAAAAUUUACUGACCGAUUAUGAUUAUAUUUUCAAAAAAAUUUUUUUUUUCGGUUUCCACCCACAUCUGUCCAUUAAUAUAUGUUAUAACAAUUAUAAUGAAAUCAUUGGGACAACGGAGCACGUCAAAUUUGCAUGUUUCCUACAAUAUUGUAGUCGGAAUUAAAUUCCGAUCGGAAAUAGUAUGGAAUUAAAGAUACCUUAUAGUACAGCAAAACAAUAAAACUUGUAACAAGGAAACAAA